AUGACAGGAUCAAGCCCAGCCCCACCCCCUCUGAUCGACUUCCUCGGCAGCCCCGGCAACUUCUCCUCCUCUCCAAUCCAGAAUGCCGACACUGUGACACCCCCUCCCAACCCACACACUGGGGCAAUGACAGGAUCAAGUUCAGACCCACCCCCUCUGAUCGACUUCCUCGGCAGCCCCCGCAACUUCCCCUCCUCUCCAAUCCAGAACGCUGACAUUGUGACACACCAAGAGGAGAGGAAUAGAUCAUCUGACGUCUCCACGGAGUUGACGCUCCGCUUGUACCCGGGGGAGAUCACAAAGAAGCUAACGAAAAGUGACGUUGAUCACUCGGCACGGCUGCUGCUUCCGCUGGACUGCCUGAAGGCCAUGCUCCGCGAUAUGGACGACGAGAUGAGGAGGCAGGUCGAGAGCACGGAGGGGAUGGGGGUCGGCGUGGUGGACUUAAAGACAGGCAACGAGUACCAGCUCGUGUUCCGCCGCUGGGGGUCGUCGCGCAGCUACGUGCUGAACAGUGGCUGGACCAAGCUGUUCGUCAAAAGGCAAGGGUUGAAGGUCGGGGACGAGGUCGGGAUGUGCUGGAACAAGGGCUCUCGCAAGUUCUACUUUAAGGUCCUUUAA